AUGCACGGCGAACUAACACCACAGACGUGCCGGGUGUGUCUGGAGCCGAGUCCACGUCUGCAGAGGCUGGAGGAGUGCCGUGAGGAGGGCGAGGAGACGCCAAACGAGAUGCUUACUCAGCUUCUGGGAAUUUCUUAUAGCAGGUUAAAUGAGAGCGAACACAUCCCUGAUGGCAUCUGCCGGUCAUGCAAGGUGGAGCUCAACAUGGCCUUUCAGUUCCGCGAGAAGGCCCUCCGCAAACAGGCGGAGAUUGAGGACUAUCUCCGCGAAAUGGGCCUGAUUGAAGAGUCCGAGGAGGUAAUGAUCAAGGAGGAGGAAGGUUCGCAAACGCAGUGCGACGAGGAGAUGUACGUCAUCGAAGAGAGCCCAGUCGAAAAAGAGCAUGAGGAGUACCUGGAAGUAGACGCCACUGAACAGCAGGAGUGCAUGGGCGACACCAUCGAGUACUUAGAGGAUAACUACACCAUUGACAUAAAUCCGGAACAAGGCGAGAUUGUGGUUGAGGAGGCCAAGGAGGAGUAUGAAGAGACACAGCAGGAGCAGCUGGUGCUGCAGGAGGCGGCCAAGAGCAGUAUAAAGGCCCGGCGUGGACGCGUUCGUCGCGGCCUCAACUCGCUGACCACAUCCGACGGCACCGAGAAGGGCGGCUACAUCUGCGACGUGUGCGGCAACUUCUACGAGAAGCGAGGAAGAAUGAUGGAGCAUCGGCGAAGACACGAUGCCGUGUGUCAGUAUGCCUGCGAAUUGUGCGAUGCCAAGUUCCAGGUGCGCGAGCAGCUUCGCAAGCACAUGUUCUCCCACACUGGAAGCAAGCCCUACAAGUGCAGCUUCUGCAGCCGUCAAUUCUUCUACGAAAGCGUGCUCAAGUCCCAUGAGAAUGUUCACCGUGGCAUCAAGCCGUAUGUGUGCAAGGUAUGUGACAAGCCAUUCGCCUACGCUCAUUCGUUGACCAAGCACGAGCUUAUCCACACGGACAUCAAGCAGUAUCGCUGCGAAUAUUGCCACAAGGAUUUCCGUCUCUUGCAUCAUAUGCGCCAGCAUGAGGAGACAAAGUUGCAUCAGAACGCCGUGUUGCUGGCCGAAACUAGAAGAUAGAGCUGGUAGCCGAUGUCAAUGGGGCGGAUGAGCUAUGAAUUCAAACUUAUUAAGGAAAACAGUAGUGUAGGUUUUCUAAGUGCUAUCCCCAAAAUCCUUAAGGACCAUUUCAAUACUAGUUCUUAGGAAUACAUUUAAGGGAUCCCUGCUAACUCAAUAUCAAUGUACGAAUAAUCGUUUUUAGUUAAUACGAUGAA